AUGAAGUGGAAUUAUCCAUGCUGUUUGGGAGCUAUUGAUGGGAAGCACAUUGCUAUUCAACAACCAGCUGAUACAGGCUCUGAGUUCUUUAACUAUAAGCACCUUUUUAGUGUAAUUUUAUUUGCCAUGGUUGAUGCAAACUACAAGUUUAUUUAUAUUGAUGUUGGAACAGCUGGCAGAGCAGGUGAUGCUGGAGUUUUUGCUGAUUCUGCAUUGAAUAAAGCACUGAGAACAAACUCUUUAGAUCUUCCAGAUGCAGUUGCCUUACAAGGGAUAUCAAAAAUGAUACCACAUCAUAUUGUUGGGGAUGAUGCCUUUCCUGUAAGUAAUCGUAUAAUGAAGCCAUACCCUUAUCGGAAUUUGGAGAAAGAGAAGCGUAUCUUCAAUUACAGAUUGUCAAUAGCACGAAGAGUUGUCGAAAAUGCCUUUGGCAUUUUAGCUCAUAGGUGGAGGGUAUUCCUAACUACCAUUAAACUAUCACCCGACAAAGUUAAAGACAUAAUUUUUGCAGCUUGCUGCUUGCACAAUUUAAUGGUUGAAAAGAACAAAGCAAGUUAUGCAUCAGCUGCAGACCUUGAGAAUGCAGAUCAUACAUUGGUCAGAGGUACCUGGAGAAACGACCAGGUUUUGACUAAUAUGCAACCAACCACCCUGCACAAUGCAACAAAGGAUGCCAAAACUCAAAGGGUACUUUUGACUGAUUAUUUUAAUAAUCAUGGAUCUGUCCCUUGGCAAAGCAGUAUGAUUGCUUAG